AUGGCCACCAUCAAAUCUUGCUCUUCCAGACUUCUUCCAGUGGCUCUCCUGCUGUGUGGGCUCAUAGUGAUGGGCUCCACUCCAGGAUUGGAAGCAAAGGACAAGGACGGGAAGGUGUGCAUCGAGAUCUGCCUGGAAGCGGACUACAUGACGUGCCCGUCCACAGGCAACGCGAAGCUCAGCCCGGCGUGCAACUGCUGCCUGGCCAACGAGGACGGCUGCACCAUCUACUUGAAGGACGGGACAGUGGAGAAAUGCCCAAGAACCUGA